UUGAAGCUGGGCACCCUGGUGGCCAUGCAGAGGGCCGGGGCAGGUGGCCGGAGGGCCUCUGACUGUGGGCCUGCCCCUUACCGGCCCAGGUGCAUCACCAAGUUUGCUCAGUAUGUGGGCUCCUUCCCCGUGGAUGACCUGGACACGCAGGAGGGUGUGUGCCUUGUGUGGCAACAACUGUGGGCACUGAAGGAUUGUCCCCGACGCCGAGCUGUCAUCCUGAAAUUCAGCCUCCAGGGUAUCAAGAUCUACAGCGGGGAGGGAGAGGUGCUCCUGAUGGCCCAUGCCCUGAGGCGAAUCCUGUAUUCCACCUGGUGCCCAGCUGACUGCCAGUUUGCCUUCAUCGCCCGGAACCCACACAGCCCGGCCAGCAAACUCUUCUGCCACCUCUUUAUGGGCAGCCAGCCUGGAGAGGUCCAGGUCCUGUACCUGCUACUGUGCCGCUCCUUCCAGCUCGCUUACCUCUUGCAGCACCCUGCGGAAAGAGCACAGCCCGAGCCUUGCCUGGGGCCUACAGGGGACGGGCCCCUGCAGCCACUCUCCAGCCCCAGGGGUCCCCCUGUCUUGGUGCGGGAGCCCUUUGGCCGGAAUCAGCUUUCACAGACUGUCCAUGCCCUGGUCUCCUUCCGGCGGCUUCCAGCAGAGGGGACAUUGAGCAGUUGUGGGAAGGAGCUGCCCGAGCUGGAAGGCCGUGGGGGUGCCCGCCACACUCGCCUGGGGAACCCUUACUGCUCACCCACCCUGGUGCGUAAGAAGGCCAUCCGCAGUAAGGUCAUCCGCUCGGGGGCCUACCGAGGCUGCACCUAUGAGACGCAGUUGCAGCUGUCCGCCCGGGAGGCCUUUCCUACAGCAUGGGAGGCAUGGCCCCAGGGUCCUGGUGGCUCUUCAUGCCUGGUGGAGAGCGACGGUAGCCUGACAGAGAACAUCUGGGCCUUCGCUGGCCUCUCCAGGCCCUGUGCCCUGGCCCUGCUGCGGAGAGAUGUGAUCGGGGCCUUCCUGCUGUGGCCUGAGCCGGGCACCAGUGGCCAAUGGUGCUUGUCGGUGCGGACACAGUGUGGCCUAGUACCCCACCAGGUCUUCCGGAACCACACAGGCCGCUACUGUGUGGAGCACCUGCCAGCAGAGUUCCCCAGUCUGGAGGCCCUAGUGGAGAACCAUGCUGGGAUGGAGCGCAGCCUCUUCUGCCCCCUGGACAUGGGCCGCCUGAACCCCACCUACGAGGAGCAGGACUGUGGGCCCGAGGGCUGGCCAUCCCGGACUCUGCGGCCCCUCAGCCAUGCCAAGUCUGAGGCAGAACUGCAGGGCCUGGGCUAG